GUGAACCGCAGCAGCGUGGUAGUAAUCCGAGGUGUGCGUUCCACGGUCCAGGCGGUCAGCAUGGGGAAGCUAAAUGUGACUCUGCUGCGGUAUCUGUCCCGGGAUGACUUCCGUGUGCUCACCGCGAUUGAAAUGGGCAUGAAGAACCAUGAGAUUGUGCCAGCAAGUUUAAUUGCGUCUAUAGCCAGCUUAAAACAUGGCGGUUGCAAUAAAGUUUUGCGCGAGUUGGUGAAACACAAGCUUGUUUCAUAUGAACGGACAAAAGCUGUUCAGGGCUAUCGUUUAGUUUAUGGAGGGUACGAUUACUUGGCGUUGAAAACCCUUUGUUCUCGAGCCAUUAUCACUUCAGUCGGGAACCAGAUGGGUGUUGGAAAAGAGUCAGAUAUUUAUAUUGUGGCAAAUGAUGACGAGAAGCAGAUGGCUUUAAAACUUCACCGCCUUGGAAGAACAUCCUUUCGCAACCUGAAAAACAAACGUGAUUAUCACAAGCACAGGAACAAGAUGUCCUGGCUUUACCUGUCUCGUCUGGCUGCAAUGAAGGAAUUCGCUUACAUGAAGGCCUUGUAUGAGCGAGGAUUCCCUGUUCCAGAACCGUAUGACUACAACAGACACGCUCUUGUGAUGGAGCUUGUUAAUGGUUAUCCUUUGUGCCAGGUCCAUCAAAUCGAAGAUCCAGCGUCGUUGUACAAUGAAUUAAUGGAACUUAUUGUUAAGCUUGCCAAUCAUGGCUUGAUCCACGGUGACUUCAAUGAGUUUAAUCUCAUGGUAGAUGAAGAGGACCAUGUCACUAUGAUUGAUUUCCCACAGAUGGUGUCUACAUCUCAUGCAAAUGCUGAAUGGUAUUUUGACAGGGAUGUUAAAUGCAUCAGAGAUUUCUUCUUGAAACGCUUCAACUAUGAAAGCGAGCUGUAUCCUACAUUCAGUGACAUCCAGAAGGAAUGUUCUCUUGAUGUGGAAAUUGCAGUCAGUGGCUUCACAAAAGAAAUGCAAGAAGAUGGAGAUUUACUGUACCCAGCAGGGCCAAAUGAAGAGGGCGACGAGACUGAAAGUGGAGCCAUGCUGCCCACAGAAGAACCUGAUAGAACAUCUGAACUUGACAUGGACAAGAACAGUUUAGGGACCUCAGGCUCCAGAUCACCUGUAAAAACCUGUGAGAAGACUACAGAGGAGCAUGAUGGGAAAUCGCAAAGCCUAGACUUGGCAGAAUUCUCAGAAGCAAUUGCAGAACUAGAAGGACGGCCUGUUGGAAGUAAUAAUAAAGUUGUUGAUUCUGGAACUGAUGGUGCUGUGGACAGCACAGUGACCAAUAAACUAAGCCAUGAUGAUAAUGACGACAGUAAUGAUGAAUUCCUUGACUCCUCCGAUUAUCCUGAUGAAUGCCCAGAUCUAGUGGACCUAUCUGACUUAAACAAAGAGUACAGACCAUUCAGGGAUGAGGACAGCUUGUGUCACAUUAAUAAACACAGGACUAGAACCACAAGCAUGAAUUCCAUGGGUACCGUUGGAAGCUGUUCCACCAUUCCACCGGAAUUGGUGAAACAGAAGGUCAAACGUCAGCUAACGAAGGAACAGAAAUCAUCUAUCAGGAGACGUCUGCAAAAGGGAGAAGCAAAUGUUUGCACCAAGCAACGCAGAGAAAACCUGUUCAACAUUAAAUGUAGCGUGGAUGCUGCGGGCUUCUGGGGAUAGCGGCAGAAAGAAGCUUAAUAACUUGUUCACAUAACGCAGGGCUGCAUUUUCUCCUGCUUAUUACAAGUCAAAGCAAGAUGCCAUCAGAGUGCAGAGAGACUACACGAUGUAGUGAAGAUUUAUAGACCCUAUACUGUCAACGCUUUAUAAGAAUUACGUGAAAUUAUAUUUAGAUUUCAGUAAUAAACGUUUUAUAAAAUUUCA